UUGUGUCACAUGAGCAACAGGCAACUUUGUUCCACUUUUCAUUCUUCACUUUUCACCGGCAGCACGUCGCUUUUGUCCGCUCGCCGCUUUUGUCCGCUCGCUUUGAGUCGUUGUCAUCGUAUCAAAGCGCGAUGCUCUGCUCAGCGAGCUAAUGCUAAUGCUAAGCUAGCCCUCAGCGUCCAGCGCCGUUCAGGCGGCGAAAGUAGCCGAGCGACAGCGUCUUCUUUCGGCCGCGCCACAUGGAGAAGCGCGGCCGCCUGGCGGAGCUCUUCCGCUUCCUGCAGGACCCCCACCUCGUCGCCCGCUUCCAGCACUUGUGCGGGGUACGAGGCACCUUUUCUAGUCGGGCUUUCCACCACCAGCCGGCCGCGGAGGCGGCGGGGGUCCGGGACAGGGGAGCGGAGUCGAAGGGGGAACUUGACGCCGCCGCCGGCGGGAGCGAGGGGCACACGAGGACCAAAAGGACGAGCAAGCCGCUCCGCCGGAACUCCCUGACGGGCGACGCGGGCCAAGAGUUCGUGGUGGAGAACCGCUUCCUGUACUACUUGUUCACGUUCGGAACCGAGCUGGGCAACGAGCUGUUCUACAUCACCUUCUUCCCCUUCCUGCUGUGGAACGUGGACGCCCUGGUGAGCCGGCGGCUCAUCAUGGUGUGGGUGUGGGUCAUGUACGUGGGCCAGUGCACCAAGGACCUGCUCGGCUGGGCCCGGCCCGCCUCGCCGCCCGUCGUCAAGGUGGAAGUGUUCUACAACUCCGAGUACAGCAUGCCCUCCACGCACGCCAUGUCCGGCACCGCCAUCCCCUUCGCGCUCUUCUUCCUCACCUGCGGACGCUGGCAGUACUCGUCGACGUUGGGCUUGGUGUUGGCUCUGUGCUGGUGUCUGCUGGUCUGCGUCAGCCGGAUCUACAUGGGCAUGCACUCGCUCCUGGUAACGCGCACGCGCGUACACGUGUCACCCACGCAUACGCACACGCAGCAUCAGCCACAUCUACAUUGGCACACGUUCAUUGAUGUGAUGGCGGGUGUGUUGUACAGUGCGCUCAUCCUGCUCUUCCUGCUGCCGGCGUUGGACGCCAUCGACGACUUCGUGCUGACCGGCGCGUACGCGCCGGCCGCCGUGGCCGCCGUCCACGCGGGCCUGGGCCUGCUGUGCUUCACGCUGGACGCCUGGAGCACGUCCCGCGCCGACACAGCGCAGAUCCUGGGCUCGGGCGCCGGUGUGGCGCUGGGCUCGCGCGUCAACCGCGUGCUGGGCCUGCUGCCCGACCCCCCGCUAGAGCAUCUGCCCCUGGCGCCGCCCGCGCUGGGCGCCGGCCCGCUAGUCGCGGCGGCGCUGCGCUGGGCGGCGGGCGUCCUGGUCCUGGUGGCCACGCGGGCCCUGAUGAAGGCGCUAACCAUCCCCCUGCUGUGCCGUGUGCUGGCCGUGCACGAGGGCGACGUGCGGCGGGCGCGGCAGCACGCCGAGGUGGAGAUGCCCUACCGCUACAUGGUCUAUGGCGCCGUGGGCUUCAACGUGCUCUUCCUGGCGCCGCUCCUCUUCCGCGCGCUGCAUCUUUCUUGAUGCCCGACUGACCCGCCGCCCGAUGUCACGACCGCGCCGCUGCGGCCGCUCGAUGACUUUUUGUUGGCCGUUUAUACUGCACCUCGCCGACUGUUUGUGGGCGGCGCGGCGGACGAGCGGCUGGCGCGUCUUCUUGGCGGUGGGGAAGUUCGGCGUUCCGAUCUGGGCUCCGGCCUUCCUGUGGGGGGUUGCCAUGCUUGCUGGCAUACCCGCGGAAAAAACACCCAAGAACCCGAACACCGUAUGUUUUACGCGCGUGUGUUUUUUAGUGUGUUUGUAUUUGUUUGCGUGUGUUUGCGUUCACACUUCCUCCCACAUUCCAAAAACAUUUAGUUAGCGUGUCGGCUCGAUUGACGACUCUUAAGUUGUCUUCCGUGUGAAUGUGGAUGUGAAUGCGUGUUUGUCGAUAUGUGCCCUGUGAUCGGCUGAGGAGAAAGAUGAAACAUGAGUUCGAGUUGGGCGAAAGGAGGGGGGGGGCUGCAUGGUCGAAGGGACUCUCGUGAACUGGCUUUUCUUUGGCUCCGCCGCCCCUCUCCCACAUUCCAGAAACAUGUUAGCAUUUUAGCUUCAUGGAAGACAAAUAAAUUGUCCUCAGGUGCGUUUGAAGUUCAAAUGGACGGACGGAUGUUUGUCUCAUCGGGAAGUGACAUCACUGUGGUAAUUGUGUGGCACAUAAAAACAAGGAUGUUAAAAAACGUUGAUUGCUUUUUUUUUAAACACUGUAAAAAAUCACAUCCUUGCGCUUUCUGCUCGGUCACGAUUGGAUGAAGAAGAAAAAAAGACGACAACAAACUGUUUUGUUCUUAAAGUUUUCAACGCUACUUGUCAGCACCUGCUCGUGACGAGGAAGACUGUUGAUGUUUCUAAUAAAUGUUUCACGCGUUGAUUUCUCCAUUUGACACCAAACUAGCAGCAGAAAUACUCGAGUACUACAAAAAAGUCUAGUGCUACGAAAUGUUGGUUAGAAUGCCAGCCUGCGAAUGGUCAGCUGGUGAGAGUGGGCGUUACCCUGUCUCUUUUCCGGUUCACUUCCUGUGACCUUGUGGGUUCGACGGUUGCGAACCACAACAACUUUCGGACCCGAAAAUUUCAUAAAUCCGUGAAAGCACAAACUUGAAAGUUGACACACAGCCGUCACAGCUCAAGUCCCUAUAAAAUGAAACGGAAUAUGUCCUGUAAAUUUGAGCCGCCACCGAGAAGAGUGUCGUUGACAACUCCUCCAAAUUUGAAUUUAACAAAAAAAAUACAUUGAUAAAAUGAGAUUUCAAAAUGGUGAAAAAUGUUCUCUCCUCUCUCAACAGCUGCGGGUGUGUCCGUGCUGAAACCACGCUGCGCUCAACUGUCAGUCAAAUACCUCACACCUUCUUCGUUAGAGCCUCCAAAAUAAAUCCACUUAAAGACUCCGGUCUCUGGAUUUUAUCCCAGUGGGUCGUCGCAGGUCGUUUCCACGCCGUUCCGAAGUGGCUACGUCUGUAGGGACGAUGCAUUUUCAGGGCGUAGGCAUAGCUGGCUAACUUCCGCCAGAUAAUCGCUAAUGCGAACAAAGGCGCUCAAGUUGCGCUCAAUGUGGGGGAUUCAUGCCCAAAAACAGAAAAGUGAAAUGGUGAGUAGCAGUUUAAUGCUACGCCUCCGCAAUUCAGUGGUUGUCCGUCUUCGUAGACAUUUUCAACAAUCCGCUAUAUGCGGAAGGUCACGUGACCAAACCCGGACGUCCUGUGUACGCUACGCUAACGAGCUUAACUUGGUUUGAAGCCCAAAAUAAAAAGGUUCUUUAUGACUGCCGUUUUGGGGCAAAAGGCAAAUAAAUACAUGUAUGUUUUUUAUACAAAUAUAUGAUAUACGUGAACAUGGACGAAGGGUAAACAUGGGAUAUUGUCAUCUUUGGUGGCUCUGUGGUGACAUCUUGUGUUAAAAAAAAACAUUGUAGCUGUUUAAAGUCCCUACACGUGCUUUGAUCCGGUCUCCUUCGCCAUUCACGCUCGACCCGUUUUGCCGAAUGCGUUAGUCGCUUGCGCGUUUCCCAUAUUUCCUUCAAACGUAGAAUGGCUUAAGAAACAAAUCUGUGAAUUCACUUUACAGGGUCUUUAACAGUGAUGUCAUAGUCAAAAGUGUAAAAAGAAGUAAACAAACUGUUAUUUUUCAAUGCAUCUUUUUCAUGAUGUAGUUUAAAUUUCAUUCAGCUGAUCUCAGAUUUGAUGAAUUUG